UUGCCAGACAGAGGAAAAGACUCCUUUAGGUACGAUAAUGUAACUAAUGACUGUGAUUAAUAAUUUAAAAAAAGGAUAUUGUACGAUAAUUUGACGCGUCAAUAUAUGGAUGUAAGCAAAUAGGUCACAUAUUUCACAAUGCCUGAUUAUGCGCCUCCUUACAACCAGGUGGGGGGACUAGCUUUUUUCCCAACAAGGCUUAUUUAUAAAACUACUUCGUAAGCUGUUACGUACACGAGUUGAGGUAUUUUUUUACUGUAUCAAAAAUGACGUCCAAUUUGGAUAUGUACGAUAAUUUACCUCAAAAUACGAGACGUUUGAUAUUCCGGUACAACAGCUUGUCGUUUCCCACAUGGCAACGCUGGCGUGACGUCACACAAAGGGAGUCAACUCGAAGGGCGUUGUUGAGAUUCACCGCCAAAUUCAAACAAGCGCCGACACCGAAAGAGGACCUUCUUCGUCUCCCACAAGUGUUUUUUUUUUCAAGUCUGAAUGGCAUCCUCAGUGAUGGACGGAGUUGGCCGAGCCGUGGUCGGAGUCUGGCGGGCGCACACGUCCCUGGACGAGUCCGACGGCGCGGAGAGUUCUCCUGAGGCACCCGACCGGUUCCGCAAACUCCGGUCCUCGUCCUCCCUUAAUUCCCUGCGCAUGUCCCUGCGGAAGCGUCUCCCGCUGCGCGCCGUCCAGGCCGGGUCUCUUCCGGAGACCGACGUCGAGCCUGCGAAGGAGCAACCGGAGGCCGGCGCGGUCCGGAAGCUCGGCCGCAGUGCUCGGAACUCCAUCACCGGGGUGUAUCAGAGGUUGCAGAGGACCAGGGAGUUCUCCCGUGAGGAGUGUCUGGUGGCUACCCCGGGUCGCAUCUGCGAAGAGGACGAGAACGCGUCGUCGCCCGCCCGGACCCCGAGGCGCACCCCCAGGUCGGCGACCACACCCGCCCGCACCCCGGGCUCCAGAGGCAGGAGGACUCCUGACGCUGGCGUGCGCGGGGUUAAGCACGGAGCAGGCAGGAGGCAGUUGGUUCGGAUGGCGGCGCUGCGUAGCCCCUUUGCGUCCCCCAACACGCAGAACCAGAGACUGAAGCUCGACCGAGACCUAGAGUCGGUGUCGAGCGGACUCCGCAGGCUGAAGCAUCUCUCCCGGGCCUUCGAUGAGCUCAUCGGGCGGGACGACAAGUCCAAAACACAGCAGAAGUGCGGCGGUGCGGUGAUGAGGAAGUUGGACCCGUGCGGAAAAGUCAGCUGCUCCAAUCUGAGCCGCCGAGCCUCCCGACUCUCCCAACGCCUGGGCGGGUGGGCCGACGUGACCGUGAGCGCCGUACGCAAGUGAGCCCGACUCUGCGUGUUAGUAUGGAACAACCUUUUGUAGCCAACGUUCUUAUUUAGCCAAAUGAAGAUCUUGCCUUGUUUAGAUGUAACAAAAAAACUGGGACCUUGUUACAUGGCACCAGCUUUUUUUCUUUCUGCAUGUUUAGCAGAGUUAUUGUGGUUUACUCUCCUCAGUGUCGCCAGCAAAAGGUCUACCUGUUUUGUGAUUGUCCAAAUGUACUCGUCUACAUUUCUCUACACCAGGGGGUGUCCAAACUACGGCCCGUGAGACGUUAGGAGUCUAGUAAGGAAUUUUACCCACAGGGAGAUUGCAUUUAUUAUCUUAGUCUGACAAUUUGGAUGAUAAUAUGUAGCCUUUUAGUGGACAGUGUAAAUAAUUCAGGUUAAUGACCUUGAAUCAUGCACAGCAUUUACUUAUAUGGCCCAAUGCAAACAACCUUCCCUGGUCAUGGUGCAACAAACAAAUCAUAAAAUGUCAAAGCACAUAACACAACCUGCUCACAGAACUUUGUGGAUGUUAUGGAUAAAACGUCCCUGCACCAUAAGAGAAAAAAAUCAAAUUUACACCGAUUUAAAUCCAUUACAAAGCAUGAUGGGGAAAAAUGCAAAACACUCCACACACUUUUCAGUGUUUGGCGCGUUUUCGUUGCUUGGCAUUUCUGAUUGAUUACAAAACUUUAAGGAGGUCGUCACGGAAGUAAACAAGGUAGAAGUUGACCUUUCACAUACUUUUAAUACCCAAUGAUAUUAUUUAUAUAUUCAUUAUAUUAAUAUAAUAUGUACACUCAUGUGUGUAUUUAUAUAUACAGUAUGUAUGUGUAUUUAUUUAUAUAUUAAUGUGUAUAUGUAUGUAUAUAAUAUACCGGUAUAUGUAUGUGUAUAUAUGUAUGUAUA